GAAGUUGUCUUGGCCCAUGCAGCCUUAAAGGCCUUUUGUAUCACUGAGCAAGUCCAGAGUGGAGUUUCGUGAUUUCUUCCUCUUUUGAGAGGCUGAGAGAGUGGUACUUAUUGUCACGUUGGGUGUGUAAUUUGUUCAGAGUAAACAUUAAAAAGGAGAGAGAGAGAGAGAGAGAGAGAGAGAGAGAGAGAGAGAGAGAGAGAAUGGGGGCUGAGGUGAAGCAGGAAGAGAAGGGAAAGCAGAGCUGGGACAGAGUGGUGGUGGUGGAGCCGCAGCCCAAGGUUAGCGUCCUCUCAUGGCUGCUCGACGUCGUGGAGUCUCUCGCCGUCCGUAUCGCCAACGGGAAGAACGGUCAGCAGCCUCAGUUCUUCCUCACCGGAAACCACGCCCCUGUCCGCGAGACUCCGCCCGCUCACAACCUUCCCGUCCGCGGCUUCCUCCCUGAUUGCUUGAAUGGUGAAUUUGUUAGAGUUGGUCCAAAUCCGAAAUUCGCUCCUUUGUCCAAUUACCAUUGGUUUGAUGGAGAUGGAAUGAUACAUGGCUUGCGCAUUAAGGAUGGAAAAGCAACGUAUGUUUCACGAUUUGUUAGAACAUCACGACUUAAGCAGGAAGAAUUUUUUGGUCGGGCAAAAUUCAUGAAGCUUGGUGACCUUCAUGGACUCUUUGGGCUUUUCACAGCUCAAAUGUUCAUGCUGCGGGCAAAGCUACAAGCUUUAGAUGUUUCAUAUGGAAUUGGAACAGGUAAUACAAACUUGGUAUACCAUCAUGGUCGACUUCUGGCCCUUCAGGAAGGAGAUAAACCAUAUGCUCUUAAGGUCCUUGAAGAUGGGGACCUGCAAACUCUUGGACUCAUGGACUAUGACAAGAGGCUAGCACAUGCCUUUACUGCUCACCCAAAGAUUGACCCUUUUACUGGUGAAAUGUUCACUUUUGGGUACUCCAGAACCCCACCUUACCUCACUUACCGAGUUAUUACAAAGGAAGGUGUCAUGCUUGAUCCUGUUCCCAUAACGUUAUCUGCACCAGUCCUGAUGCAUGACUUUGCAAUUACUGAAAAUUUUGCAAUAUUCAUGGAUCUACCUCUGUAUUUCACACCACAGAAUAUGGCAAAAGGAGGACUAGCAUACAAAUUUGAUGAGACAAAAAGAGCUCGAUUUGGGAUACUUCCCCGUUAUGCAAAGGACGAGCUUCAAAUGCGUUGGUUUGAACUUCCCAACUGCUUUAUAUUUCAUAAUGCCAAUGCCUGGGAGGAGGGUGAUGAGGUCAUCCUAAUCACAUGCCGUAUGGAAAAUCCAGAUCUGGACAUAAUCAGAGGAUCCAAUCCAGUUACACUGGAAGACUUUAAAAAUGAGCUGUAUGAAAUGCGAUUUGACUUAAAAACUGGGGAGGCUUCACAGACAAAAUUAUCCGGACCAGCUGUUGAUUUCCCUCGUAUCAAUGAAAAUUACACUGGACGAAAACAGAGAUUUGUGUAUGGAACCAUAAUGGAUAAAGUGACAAAGGUGAAGGGAAUUGUUAAAUUUGAUCUGCAUGCUACACCGGAGAGUGAGAAAACAAGAAUUGAGGUGGGAGGAGUUGUUCAAGGUAUCUAUGACUUGGGGCCUGGAAGGUUUGGCUCAGAAGCAGUGUUUGUCCCCAAGCAGCCUGGGAUCAACUCAGAAGAGGACGAUGGUUACUUGUUGUUCUUUGUGCAUGAUGAGAACAAUGGAAUAUCAGAGAUAAAUGUAAUCGAUCCUAAAACAAUGUCAACAGAGCCAGUUGCUGUUGUUGAACUUCCUACCAGAGUUCCAUAUGGUUUCCAUGCUUUCUUUGUUACCGAGGAGCAGAUUCAACAGCAACCAAGAUGAUGGCAUUAUCUCCAGAGAUAAUGAGGAGCUGGGUCCUAAGGAAAUUAGUUGGGAUGUAUAUUGCUACUCUUUCUUCAUUGACACGUUUUAAUGUGUAAUAAACUUUAAUAAAACGCUUCCAGACAUUAUUUGGAUGACCUUCCUAUAGGUAAUAGGAGAUGCUUUUAUUUUUUGAGUACA